CAGUCGCGACAGCCCGCCGCCGCCGCCGCCUGCACCACUCCUGCUCGAUUCUCUCCUCCGCGUGUCGGUUCCGGCUCCCGUCUCCAGCUCCCCAAUUAGACGGCCCAGGUCUCGCUCGGCUGUCGACCCGGAAAUAGGAUUUGAUGCCUCUGCCUAGCCUCGGUUUCCUCAAAAAGAAACGGACGAAGGAGGGCAAUACGGACCCUUCUUCGACUAGCCACCCAACCAGCCCAGUCACCCCUACCUCGGCCUCGAGCCUCGACCGCAACUCCAUCCAGAGCAGCAUCGCCCGGAUCUCGUCGCACUCGAGUGCGUCGCAGGCCACUUCCCAGUCAGUCGCGACCGGCACUACCACCAUCGAUACAACCCAUAUGCCCACUCUUCUGCCGCACGAAAACCCCGUCAACAUGAAUACUCUCCCGGUUCAACAGCAUGCCUAUCCCCCUCAGCACACGCCCUCUCCUGGAGCAGCGGAGCAGCAGAACCUCCCGUCCAUCUCCAACCUCAUACACCAACCGCAAUACGACCAACCCGCCACCUACAAACAGUCGUCUAGAUACGUUCCAUCUGUAUCCCCAGCUAACGGCGGCCUGCCCGCGCCGCACACGCCCCAGCCGUCCAUGCCUCAACCACAGCAAGCAACACUGCAGCCGCCGCAUAAUCACCAUCAGCAGUCUCAAGCUCAGCAGCAGCAGCAGCAGCAGCAGCAACAACAACAACCCCAACAGCAGCAGCAGCAGCAACAGCAACAGCAACUGCAACUGCAGCCUCAGCCUAGUCAGCCCAGGGCCACCAAGGGCAAGUAUUCGCUCGCCGACUUCGAGAUUUUGAGAACCCUCGGCACCGGUAGCUUCGGCAGAGUCCACCUGGUCCAGUCUCGGCAUAACUCGCGCUUCUAUGCCGUCAAGGUACUGAAGAAGGCCCAAGUGGUCAAGAUGAAGCAGGUCGAGCACACCAAUGACGAAAGAAGAAUGCUAGCGGAGGUCAAACACCCCUUCCUGAUCACGCUAUGGGGAACAUUUCAGGAUGCCAAGAAUCUUUACAUGGUGAUGGAUUUCGUAGAGGGCGGCGAGCUCUUCUCGUUGCUGAGGAAGUCCGGACGCUUUCCUAACCCCGUUGCCAAGUUCUACGCUGCAGAAGUCACCUUGGCCCUGGAGUACCUGCACUCGCGGGAUAUCAUUUACAGAGAUCUGAAGCCCGAGAACCUGCUUCUUGACCGCCACGGCCACCUCAAAAUUACGGAUUUCGGGUUCGCCAAGCGGGUUCCAGAUAAGACGUGGACACUGUGUGGUACUCCAGACUACUUGGCACCAGAGGUUGUUUCCAACAAGGGUUACAACAAGUCGGUAGAUUGGUGGUCCCUGGGUAUUUUGAUUUACGAAAUGCUUUGCGGUUACACGCCCUUCUGGGACGGCAGCUCCCCCAUGAAGAUCUACGAAAACAUUCUCAAGGGCAAGGUCAGAUACCCUCAGUGGGUCAACCCCGACGCGCAGGACUUGUUGGAGCGGUUGAUCACGGCAGACCUGAGCAAGCGUCUUGGAAACCUGUACGGCGGACCGCAAGACGUCAAGUCACACCCUUGGUUUGCCGAGGUGACUUGGGACCGACUGGCGAGGAAAGAUAUCGACGCGCCGUAUACUCCUCCAGUCAAGGCCGGAGCAGGAGACGCGAGCCAGUUCGACAGGUACCCUGAGGAGACUGAGCGGUAUGGACAAGGAGGGCCAGAUGAGUACGGUCACUUGUUCCCGGACUUCUAAGCAGCUCGAGCCUCGACGGCUGUGGGCUCGAAUGGUGUAUAAUCGAUUCUCCAUCACCUGCACUGCGACAUGGCCGAUCAACUACGCAGAGGCCAGAGAAUCGGCAAGACUAAUGAAUGGGCUUGUUAAACCAGCGGAUUUCCGAACCGUGGCCAUUUUUGUAUAAAGCUCAAUACGAAGCCAGAAGUAUAGCAGCAGCAGCAGCAGCAGCAGCAGCAGCAGUGGAUACGUGUAG